UCGUCCACCGGAUGCGUGCGCAAUAUUCCCUUGAUUUUGUGGAGUUUGGUGUGGACAUUUGUGUAAAAGCGACGGGAUUGUUCGUAUAAACGCCAAUUGUUUAAAUGUUUAAAGUUGUUUUAAUUUUGUUUCUUCUGUAGUUACCGUUUCAGCUGAAAACAAAAUAUUGGUGUCUGUGUAUACUUUUUAAUAAAUUCGUCGUAAACGAGAAACAGUUGUGGCCGGAUCAAUCGGUAAUUUACUGUAUUUUUCGCCCAGUGCAAUGCUAUGUACUCCAUGGGUGGCUGUUAAUACAUAAUAAACAUAAAAAGCAGUUGUUCCCUGAGCAGCCACACGUGGAUGUUAGCGCCUUACACAAAUAACUCAACGAGAUCGCGCCGCGCAGCCGCCCUUUGAAUCGGCGGUGCGGCUGCGCAGGAGUAGUGUGAGGUGUUAAAGCGCACCCUGGAGCCGCACAGGGAAAUCUUGGUGCGGUGGGCGCGGCGGCACAAUGGACGACGGAGGCAGCAACAAGCAGCGUCAAGCCACGCGAGUCUUCAAGAAGAGCUCGCCGAACGGCAAGAUAACUGUAUAUUUAGGAAAAAGAGAUUUUGUAGAUCAUAUCACACACGUAGACCCAAUUGUUUGUGACUUUGUUAUAGACGGGGUUGUUUUAAUCGACCCAGAGUAUGUAAAGGAUAGGAAAGUGUUCGGGCAUGUGCUCGCCGCCUUCAGGUAUGGGCGGGAAGACCUCGACGUUCUCGGGCUCACCUUCCGCAAAGACCUCUACCUUGCAGCCGAACAGAUAUACCCACCGACGAGCACUCCAAAGCGACCUCUCACGCGGCUGCAAGAGCGUCUCGUACGCAAGCUCGGUCCAGCGGCACAUCCCUUCUACUUCGAGCUGCCUCCGCACUGCCCCGCCUCCGUCACGCUGCAGCCCGCCCCCGGAGAUACCGGCAAGCCCUGUGGGGUCGAUUAUGAACUGAAGGCGUUCGUAGCAGAUUCGCAAGAUGAUAAGCCUCACAAGAGAAAUUCAGUCCGUUUAGCAAUCAGAAAGAUAAUGUAUGCACCGAGCAAGCAGGGGGAGCAGCCGUCCGUGGAGGUAUCGAAGGAGUUUAUGAUGAGCCCUAACAAAUUGUACCUGGAAGCAUCUUUAGAUAAGGAAUUAUAUCACCACGGCGAGAAUAUCGCUGUGAACGUGCACAUAGCUAACAAUUCGAAUCGUUCCGUGAAGCGCAUUAAGGUCUCGGUGCGUCAGUUCGCCGACAUCUGCCUGUUCUCCACCGCGCAGUACAAGUGCACCGUAGCAGAAGCGGAGAGCGAGGAAGGUUGUCCCGUGGGUCCUGGGUUCACACUUAGCAAGGUAUUCACUUUGACGCCGCUCCUAGCGAAUAACAAGGACAAGUGGGGGCUCGCUCUCGACGGUCAGCUCAAGCAUGAAGAUACCAACCUAGCUUCUAGCACACUAAUCGCAGAUCCAUCUCAGCGCGAGAACUUAGGCAUCAUAGUACAAUAUAAGGUUAAGGUGAAAUUGUGUCUCGGACCUCUCGGGGGCGAGCUGAGCGCGGAGCUGCCGUUCAUCCUGAUGCACCCCAAGCCGGACGAGGACACGCCGCGCGCCGCGCCCGAGCCCGCGCCGCUCGACCACGACCUCAUACAGCUCGACCCGCGCCCAGACGAAAACGGGCAAGAGCAGGACGAUGAUAUAAUAUUCGAGGACUUCGCGAGACUGCGGCUCAAGGGCGCCGACGCGGACGCCUGAGCGCGCGCACCGUAAAACCUCUUUGUUAUAUGGAAAUAUAUCGUAGGACGUCACGAUUCUCUAUACGCAUACCAGAUUUUAUGACAAAUCGAUUAACCCACGUUCACUAUGAAGCGUAUUCAGCGAGCGGAUAGCAGUGGAUUUAAGAUAUCGUAAAGACAGUUCGGAUGAAUUAUCCCGAUCCCUGUACAGUGUAUAUGUUGAUGAUCUAAGCGUCUAAUCAAACAUUUUUAUAGUAUUUUUUUCAAAAUAAAAAAAAAAAUAUCUUUAUUUACUUUAUUCAUAUUCAAUUCCAACUCUAUAAUACAAUUCAUCGGAUUUUCGAUUCCAUCGUGUGAGUCUCGCUUUGCGCGGAUUCGGAUUCAUCAAAGAAAUGGACUAAAUGAAAUUAGGAGCCUCGUCGAAGUUGCAAAUUAUAAUCGUAUUGUUAUGAGAACUUAAUGUAACAUUUGGUGUAUAUUAUAUGUGAAAAAAAAAAUAAUAUUUUAAAUAGGAUUAUUGAUCAAAUAUUUGAGUACAAGUUGUAGGUUUUAUUUGUUUAUGUUAAUUUACAAAUAAUUGUCUAUCGAGUUUGUUCGUUCGUUAGGGAAUCAUAGUACAAUGUGUUUGGUAAAGUGCAUUUAUAGAAUAAACAUGUUUUUUACCUUAAUGUUAUUUACUUUCAUUGGUAGCGGUGUAUUAUGUAUUUAUGGGUAAAUAAUAUUUUGGGCUUGAACAUUUGUAUGGAAUCAAAAGGAUAUUUAUGUGUGGCAAUUUAUACUUAUAUGUUUAUGCACACAAAUAUAUUAUCGAAAUGAUAAUGUAAUUUAUGUAUAAAUAUUUUAUCUUGAGUAUCAUAAUUGUAAAUGUUUCGGUGUAAAUCACGUUUUAUAUAAUCGUUCAUAAUUAACGAUUGAUGAAUAAAUUAAUAUUAAAAUUAAUAGUUUAUUGUUCAUAAAAGGAGUGUGUUUUGUUUAUAAAAUUUCAACCAAUCGUGUAUUUGUAAAGAUGAACACAAAAUAAGUUGCGAAUCAGCUCCGCCGACGAUGUUUGCAUUUCGAAAGUCUGGUUAAAGAAUAAAUGGUAAUAUUUUUUUUUAUUAUUGUAAAGAAAUAGUACAUGUGUUUAGUACUAACCUAAGCUUUCUUUGUCUUUUGAGAACUACGACUGUGACUAUAUACAUUUGUUUCUUCUGUACAGUUGAUAGUCUUAAAACAAUGUAUUAGCUUUUUAAUGCGCAAAUUAUUUUACUAUACAUGUUACAUCUGCGUAAGGAACAAGUAUUUUUUAUUAAUAUCUACUGCAUUAUUUCUUUAUACGCAUUUUUAUUUAAUCAGCCGCCUAAAAUACCGAUAUUUAAUUUUCUGAACUUAUCGUUAGUCUGCGAAAAUCGUUUGUGUUGAUUCAAUUGUAAUAGUGGAAUGAAAUGAUGAGAACGUGAAAACGUUUUAUAUUUUGUGAUUUAUCUCAUCGCAGCUAUGUGUAGUGUUAAUGUAAGGACUUUUUCGUAUUGUCAUUUUCGUGUUACAUCGUAUUAUUCUGUUGUUGAAUUAAUAUCUAUUGUAAACUUUAUCCAAACCAUUAUUAUUAAGAUUAUUUUCUAUUGAUGUUUAAUAUUUGUAUUAUGUAUGUUCGGUGGAUAUAGUAAUAUUAAUCGAAAUUUAAUUAAAUUGAAAUAAAAUAAUUUGAUACAUCUCGACAAGCGAUGCAUCUUUAUUAGUAACGAUCCUUAUGUAAGCUUCUGUCCAGAUCUGCGUCAUGCGGAACACCUCGUAGCGAGUGACAAACAGUGGGACUGGAUGAUCUAUUAAUCCAUGGAAACAUCACGUGGUCUUUUCAAGGCCAUAGUAAAUUAUGCUUUUUCUCUACACUAUCUGUUGCAACCCUAAGGCUAUAGCCUGUCGAGGUGCCUAGAAAAUACCGUUUUAAUGAAAUCGCCAUGUAGCAGUUGGAAUGGAAGCACAGCAAGCACUGUUCGACCUCGAGUCUAUCCAACAGACGAGAGAGCCAGAGCGAGGACACGGGUAAGGGGACUCAUUUAUGUUUCGUCUGUGUAUCACCGGCAUUUGUAUCACCUGCAAAAUCAAACUGUUUGAUCUUUAAUGGCUGUUCCGAACAAAGUUUUCUACGAAAUCUGGAUCGUACUGGAUGUUCGCUUGUAAUACAACGGCAUCCUGUCUCCGUAUUAUCAGGCAAAAAUCCGCGGGCUUCUAGUGUAGAAGCCAGAGCCUCGUUAUGUGCCGUAUGAAGGAAUACAAGAGCCCAUCAGGAUCGUUAUAAAUCGCUUCUCGGUGUUGUAAGUUUUCUCAAACAGGAAGUUCCCGCGUCGCAGGAAGCAAGUUGUCUCUCAAGUGAGGUAUUCUGUUUGUAAGUGAAAGCCAUGAUUUUCAUGUUCUAAUUGCAACACUUACGCUAUAUCAAGCUAUAUCAAGAUUUUUUAUGUUUAUUUUCAGCCUUUUUCUACUCAAUACGUCUUCCACGGACUGCUCAGUCAUUUUAAUUGAUCCGAUGGGCAUAUACACGUAAACAGUCAACAAAAUAAGCUCGGACCUGAAAGAGUACCUAUAGAUAGCACAAAUAUGUAUUAUUGGAAAAAUUUCAGCCGUCUGACGUCUUCCUUCGUCGUACGCGUACGUUCGUCGCGUGAUUUUUGGCAAUUGUAAGAUGGCCUCUGCAUUAUCGCUACUGACUUGUCAUAAGGAUUCGUACUAAUAAGUGCGUUCCUUGUCGAAAUGUUUAUUGAAUUAUUUUAUUAUCUAUGUAGGUGAUAUUAUUUUUAUUUUAUUUAUAGAACAUUUUACAAUAUAAAAAUUGUAAAUACCAAUAAUAAUAAAUAUCUUAAUAAUAACGAUGUUGAUAAAGUGUGCAAUAACUAUCAUGGACAUACAUAACUCACAAAAAAACAACAACUAAAGCCAAUGCGAUAGGAAAAAGACAAUAUGAAAGUAGUUCUAAAGUUCAACACAGCCUAAUUUGUAAAAGAGAUUUAGCCAUUCACGAUUUCGUCAUUAGCCAGGCGUAGUUUCUAGAAAAGUAACGGAAGUUGAGAUGAUACACCCAAAAUACCCUUACCAAAUUUGAUUACCAUGCCAUAUUUCUGCGGCCCAGUGAACAGCUACAGAUGCAGGUGCUACAGAUGAGUGUGCUAUUUCGUUUUUAAACUGGAAUAUUUUUAUCGCAACACCGGACCUGAGAUCAUAUACAAAAAAUCAGAACGGAAGGUCGUUGGUGGUUUUAUUGUAUAUUGGAAUAUGGUGAACAAUUACCGGCUCUUUUGUCGAAAACACUGCAUCCUGAAAAGCUGUGGACUGUGUUAGCGGAUGUGCCUGAUUAGAUUUUUAUCCGGUCAGGUGUGGGCAUUCAGUAUAUAGCAGUAUAGUAGUAUCCAUAUAUGUCCUGUGACGGGGGGCUUUGCAAAUUGUGAACAAUUGUUUAGCUCAAACUGAGACGUCAGAUGACUCAAAGCUUGCAUUCAUUAAUUUAUCCUUUUGCAAAUACAACUGCAACGCUCUGAUCGUUACGUGUGUUACGUGUUAAGGCGCGUAAUGUAUGUAUCUUAAUUGUUUAUGUCAAUGUUACAUCAUGAUGCCUAUUUUGUCUAUAUAAAUGGACGCAUUACUUUAUCUGCCAAUAUUUAGUAUAUACCAUAUACCGCUUUAAAUCAGCCUACAUACUGGGCCAUUCAUAUAACACACACCGAUCACACUGCAUACAUCAGAGGGACCUUAGCAACUACAUCCCAACCACUAGUACUACACCACUACAGUCACUACACAGUCCAGAUAAACAACACAAAUGAUUUACUAAUUCUAAUUGUUUCAAUCUAUUACCCACGAUCAUGCCUGACUAUGACAGUUAGGCAUGAUCUUCGGUAAUCAUCGCCUAUAGGACGGAUUCUGGAUGGGGAUGAAGGAGUGUAUUGGCUAUAAGAACUACUUUUAUAGUAAUUUUCACGUUAUCGUCGUUUGUAUAUUUUCAAAUUUAAUUAUUUCGUUCUGUUGUUAUAUAAGUACACAUAUGUAUGUUUUUGAAAGUUUUCAAUAUUAUCAAUACCAUUAUUAUUAAGAUUAUUUUUAUUGAUAUUUACUACUCUUAUUAUGUAAAGUGAUUGAUAAAACUCGACAAGCUACGCAUAUUUAAUAGUAGCGACCCAAACAAUGUUGGCAGCGCCUGUGCAAAAAGAGACUGCUAUCAUUGCCGAAGGGCGCGAGGUAAACCACAUGAUCAUGCACUUUCGUAGUUCGCUCACAUCGAACGCACAUUGAAAAUACUUAUAUUCUUCAGUCUCGUCAUUCCUAUUAUUUGUUUAAAAACUAUUUUGUUCAAACACCCUUGCAGCGGGAAAUAUGUUACUAUUAUAUUGUGUGAACUGUAUUAUUAUUAUUUAAUAUUUAAGUGUUAAGAACAUGUAUAAAGUAUUUACGACUUAAUUAAUUCUGUAAUAUGAAAUAGAACAAAAAAGACCAGCACUUACCUAUAUAGUUAGCCUAUGUUUAUCACCUGCUUUGAGUACUAUAAAAAUGCAAAAAUAAAUAUCAUAUUAAUAAGAGGCUAGCCUGACGCAUAAAAAUAUUAAUUUGAUACAAAUCUGUUAAUUAUUUUAUGAGAAGUAUAUUUUAAAUGCUGACAAGCAUGAUUAUAAGUACACAAAAAUGGUUGGUGUCCUUAGAAAUAAGCAAGAGAACACAAAAAUGUUAAACAAAACGCGCAAAGCUACACAUUUGUUUUUUAAUUUUACAUCGAAAGUUUUUGAUGUAUACUUUUUCAAUAAAUAUGUAACCAAUAA